GACUCAACUUCUUUAAAAGAAAGAAUGGUUGAGGCAAUGUCUGAAUCCUCUGUUGCUAUUUUUAUUACCUCAAUAACUGAUGUUAUUUCGUUUGCUGUGGGGUCAACAACGGAUAUUCUGGCAGUCAAGGGAUUUUGUAUGAUGACUUCUGCCUGUAUGCUCUUUACGUUUAUUUAUCAGGUGCAUUUUUUUAUCAAAUUUAAAGAUAGUAGCCUUUAA